GUAAUGCUGUUGAUGACUGUUGUUCACUGUUGUUGAGUGUGACUGGAGUUUGUCAAAUUAAUUUUCAUAUUUUUCAUUUGUAAAACAGAAUAAUUAAUAAGAACAAUGCCAUUAGAAAAUUUAGAAGAUGAUGGUCUUGAGAAAAAUCCAAAUCUCGAAUUGGCUCAAACAAAGUUUUUACUGAGUCUACCUGAGCACAAAAAUGAUGAGGCAUUGAAGACCAAAUUGAUGGAUGCCAUAAAAGCUGACAACAUGGCUCCUUUUUAUGAAGAAGUUUGUCGUGAUUUAAACUGGCCAGUUGAUGAAAGUUUUUUGGAAUCAAUGAAAGCUAAAAAUCAAGAACAAUUAAAAACUCUUGAUGAUGCUAUUGAAGAUGCUGAACAAAAUUUAGGUGAAAUGGAAGUUCGUGAAGCUAAUUUAAAAAAAUCAGAACAUCUUUGUCGUAUUGGUGAUAAAGAUGGAUCAAUUUCUGCAUUUAGAAAAACAUAUGAAAAAACUGUAUCACUUGGUCAUCGUUUGGAUAUUGUUUUUCACAAUAUUAGAAUUGGUUUAUUUUAUUUGGAUCAUGAUCAUAUCACCAGAAGCAUUGACAAAGCAAAAAGUCUUAUUGAAGAGGGUGGUGAUUGGGACAGAAGAAAUCGUCUUAAAGUAUAUCAAGGUACUUAUUGUAUUGCUGUACGUGAUUUUAAAGAAGCAGCUAAUUUUUUCCUCGAUACAAUUAGUACAUUUACAAGCUAUGAACUCAUGGAUUACAAUACAUUUGUUAGAUAUACUGUUUACAUGAGUAUGAUAAGUCUACCAAGAAAUGAACUACGUGAUAAAAUUAUCAAAGGAUCAGAAAUACUUGAAGUACUUCAUAAUAUACCUGAUUGUAAAGAGUAUCUUUUUUCACUUUACAAUUGUCAUUAUGCUGAUUUCUUUAAAAAUCUUGCACAAGUUGAAGGUUUAUUAAGACGAGAUUAUUUAGUUAAUCCUCAUUAUCGUUUUUACGUUAGAGAAAUGAGAAUUUCAGCUUAUACACAACUUUUAGAGUCAUACAGAUCACUUACUUUGCAAUAUAUGGCUGAGGCAUUUGGUGUUACUGUUGAAUAUGUUGAUCAGGAACUUUCACGUUUCAUUGCUGCUGGAAGACUUCACUGCAAAGUUGAUAGAGUUGGUGGUGUUGUUGAGACAAAUCGUCCAGACAGUAAAAAUUGGCAGUAUCAGGCAAUAGUCAAACAAGGUGAUUUACUUCUCAACAGAGUCCAGAAGUUAUCACGUGUUAUUAAUAUUUAAUUGCCUCAUCUGACAAUCAUUCAUUUAUAUAUGUUUUUUCUUUUUUUUUUUUUUUUGUUUUCUAUUUUUUUUUUUUUUUUUUGUCUUAACAAUUUUCUUUUCAAGCCUUUUAUUUUCAAUUAAUUCAAGUGUAAUUUUGCGUUCAUGAACAUUUUUCGUUCUUCUAACAAUAUUUGUUCAUCGUAAAAAAAAAAAAAAAGAAAAAAAAAGUUAUAUUACUGUAAUUUUUUGAAUACAUGAAAUAAUAAUAAUGAAUACAG